GUGUCUUUUCCUUUUCUGUUCUUUUCCUUUUCUUUCCUUUUCUUUUGGAUGGGGUAUAUAUCAGGCCUGUGAGCGCGGGCCCUUCCUCCCUCUGGCCCCACCCCCGCACACACACCCUCACCCCCGCGUUCCCCCACCGACGUCGCGCGCGGUCACCCGUCUGCACGAGCGCACCAUGGCCGACUCCGCCCCGCCCUCGCCCCUCUACUCCCCCGUCUCCGUCGACGCAGACGCAGACGCAGACGCAGACGCGGCGUACAUCAUCCGCCACCUCUCCUCCGCCGACAUCCCCGCCGUGCGCCAGCUCCACCGCACACUCGUCCCGCACCCCCUCCCGCCCGCCUUCUUCCACCAGCUCCUCGUGCACCCCACCCGCCUCUGCCUCGUCGCCGUCCCCACCACCUCCUCCUCCAACUCCGCAGCCCCCGCCCCCGCCCCCGCCCCCGUAGCAUUCAUCUCCGCAGCCCUCCACACACCCACAAACGACCUCGCCCUCUCCAAACCGCCCUCCCACCCCGCUACCCAGACCGCCCCCGCCCCCGCCCCCGCCCUCGAAGCCCACAUCCUCACCCUCGGCGUCGCCCCCACCCACCGCCGCCACCGCCUCGCCACCCGCCUCGUGCGCGCCGCCGUGCGCGCGCUCCGCGCGCAGGCGGCGCUGUCUGCGCUCGUGCCGCAUGCGCAUGCGUAUGCGUAUGCGCGUGCUGCUGGGGCUGGGGCUGGGGCUGGGGCUGGGGGGUCGUAUUUUGCUUUGGGAGCGGGGUCGGACGAAGGCGGUGGAGAGGGAGGGGACGGCGGAGAGCGCGCUGGUAAAGCGGGGAUGCUCGUGAUCGCGCACCUCGCAGCGUUCGACGCAGAGGGCGAGGGCGAGGGCGAGGGCGAGGGCGAGAGUGAGGGUGCAGAUGCAGAUGCGGACGCGGACGCGGGGGCGCGCGCGUUCUGGGCGCGGCUGGGCCUCGUUGAGCGGCGCGAUGCGAAGGUGGGCGUCGCGCCGCGCGUUGGGGGCUUCCGGGCGGGGGUGCGCGUGGAGGGGCGGGUGUGGGCGUGAGCGUGAGCGCGAGCGUGCGGGGGCGCGCGGGCGCACCGGAUAGAGCCGUUCGCGGACGGCGCGUAUGUAUGUAUGUGUGUAUGUAUGUAUGUAUGUAUGUAUUGAGGCUGUUUAGGUCGUGCGUUUAGGUCGUG